CCUGUGCACCCCCAACUCCCUCCCCUGGAGCAAGCCCGGGCGGGUGCCGGCAGGACUCCCCGGGGUCUCCCCCGUGCCCAGCGGUUGUCGGGGGGGCCAUGGCGAGGCUGUCGCAAGGCUGCGGUUGGGGACACGUGGCCCCAUCCCCUCUAUAAGGGAGACAGCGAGCAGAGCCCCCUCAGUGCCAGAAGUGCCCGAGGUGCCGUGUCCUCAGCCCCGCCAUGUGUCCCUGCCUGCUCCUGGUCCUGUCCCUGCUGGGCACAUCCUUGUCUAGCCCCCCCGGCCUCACCCCGUCCUCUCCUGCAGCCCCCCCGGGGCUCACCCUGGCUCUGGAGCAUCCCCAGUUCCGCUAUGCUGUGGUCACCAAGCUGCGCACCUAUGCGGGGGCCCUGGAGCACUGCCAGAGGGUUUUUGGGGGGCUGCUGGCCUCGGUGCACAGCAUUUCCCGCAACAAGGAGCUGGUGGCUCUGGCCAGAACCUACACCCACCGCAAAGUUUGGAUCGGUGCUGUCACCAGCUACAGGGGGGGGCAGUGGGGAUCCUGGUGGGAGGAUGCCAGCCCCUGGAACUACGCGAACUGGGCAACCGCCCAGCCCAGCCACCUCAUCCCUACCUGCACCACCCUCAGCACCCACGAUGGGCUCUGGAGGAGCAGGUUCUGCUUUGAGCUGCACCCCUUCAUCUGCCAGUACUGAGGGCCUGGGGUUGCUGCCCCAGCCCCUCUGUGCCCAGGGGACCCAUGGUGGCCCCUGUCCCAGUAAAGCAGCAGAACCCU